UUUCAGAGUGACUUUUGUCCCGAAGAAUUUCAAUCAAAAUUCAAAAUUUUCUGGUUUUUAUUUUAUAUUUUCAUAUGCAUUUUAUUGAAUUUUAUACACUUAGUGUUUGAUAUCGUGGAAGUGAUAAUGGGCCAAAAGCCUCCAGAGAGUGAAGGUGCGACUGUCAUGCAACCAAAACCCUCUAAAUCUCAAAAUGGCAACAAUGUCAGACGACGAUUGUUUCAAAAUGAGGAAAAUGAAAAUAUUGAGCCGGAUUUAAUCGAUAUGUUGGAGGAAAGUAGGCAACGAGCUGAAGAAAAGUGGAAUUUUGAUUUUGUAAAUGAAGUACCUUUGGAGGGAGACUGGGAAUGGGAAAGGGUUUCGUCGAACCCAACAGACUGAAUAUCAUACAUGUACAUAUUUAUUAUGCGUUUUAUAUUUUUAUAACAUACCUUGUGCAAUAGAAUAAAAUGUGCUUCGAAUUGGUGUAAAUAAUCAAUAAUACGAUAAUUCGAAACAAAUGUUAAUUAUAUUUAUUUAUUCUAUCUAGUCUUUAACCAUUAUUUAUAAUAAAUAAUGAACGGCUACAUACCAAAAAUCUGUAACAUAGACAUAAUUUUAGGGACUUUAGUGUCAAUAUCUAGCAAAUAAAUAAAAUUUCUCCCA